UUAAAGGACAGUUCUUGCAGCCAAUCAAAGGACAGCAUCAGCGCCUUCUUCCUGAGAAGGAGACCGGAAGUCGGAUUUCGGCUGCGGUGGCGGAGGCGGCUGCUUGAGUAAACCGAGAGCUGAGGUUCUUGAUCUUUCACAAUGGGUGAACCACAACAAGUGAGUGCACUUCCACCACCUCCGAUGCAGUACAUCAAGGAAUAUACAGAUGAAAAUAUUCAGGAGGGCUUAGCUCCCAAGCCACCUCCUCCAAUUAAAGACAGUUAUAUGAUGUUUGGCAACCAGUUCCAGUGUGAUGACCUUAUCAUUCGCCCUUUGGAAAGUCAGGGCAUUGAACGCCUUCAUCCUAUGCAGUUUGAUCACAAGAAGGAACUGAGAAAACUCAAUAUGUCUAUCCUUAUUAAUUUCUUGGAUCUUUUAGAUAUCUUGAUAAGGAGCCCUGGGAGUAUAAAACGGGAAGAGAAGCUAGAAGAUCUUAAACUGCUAUUUGUACAUGUGCAUCAUCUUAUAAAUGAAUACCGACCCCAUCAAGCAAGAGAGACCUUGAGAGUCAUGAUGGAGGUCCAGAAACGUCAACGGCUUGAAACAGCUGAGAGGUUUCAGAAGCACCUGGAACGAGUAAUUGAGAUGAUUCAAAAUUGUUUGGCUUCCUUGCCUGAUGAUUUACCUCAUUCUGAAGCAGGAAUGAGAGUAAAAACUGAGCCAAUGGAUGCUGAUGAUAGCAAUAAUUGUACUGGACAGAAUGAACAACAAAGAGAAAAUUCAGUUCAUAGAAGGGACCAGAUUAUAGAGAAAGAUGCUGCUUUGUGUGUUCUAAUUGAUGAAAUGAAUGAAAGACCAUGAAGGGUAUUUUUCUUCUUUUUUUAUUUUGUUAAAUAGCAUCUUAUAUUCCUCUUUUGGACAGUCUUAAAACAGGUAUAACUAAAAUAUAAAGGAAUUUGUUUCUCUUGACUCCAGUUUUUCAAUGAUGGGAUGCCAUAGGCAGAAUUUCACUGUGUAACAAGCGUAGGUGAAUGAGUACACCUGUAUUAAAAAUAAUCACCUUAAAAUGCAAAGUGUUUGCUGUUGUGUGGGAUAUUCUGAUUUUUGGAGUUGCAGUAAAAUUUUGAAGAUAUUCUUAA